GGGAUUUUAUGUGUGAAUAGGGUUUGAACUGGGGAUUUGGAAAUUUGGGGUUUAAAGGGGACAAAGAAGAGUUUUUAAGGGGGUUAGGAGGUUGAGGUUUUGGGUAAUAUGGAAGUUAGAGGCUGGGAAAUGUAGUUUAAGGUGUAAAGGGUGAUAGGAGAAGGAGGUUUAAGUAUGAUUAGUAUACCUCAUGAUAGCUCUUAUUUGUAACUAAAUCACAUAUCUAAGUUUUUAUUAACUAAUUUUGUAAAUCAUAACAUUUUAUAAGGUAUUAUGGAGUAAAGAUACAUCAUAAAGAAAAUUUGACAACGAUUUACUUACUCUAUUAUACAUUCACAAGUCAAAUUAUGCUAAAGACACCACUAAAACGAUAAAAAUUAACACAAAGCUUAAUUUUCUCUUCACUUCUAACAUAUACACAAAAAUCAUCCAAAAUCCACCCAUCUAAGCUCCACCCUAUCCCUCCUCUCCUAAUCCCAUCCCUGAUGCACUUCGUUCUCCCAACCCCUUCAGCCCUCUUCCAACCCAAGCCCAGUCCCAAAUCCCUACUCCCACUACUCCAAAUUCCUUCUUGAGCUGCCUUCUCACUCUGCUAACCAAACUUUGACUGACAGAGAGAAACCUGUACAGAGGAAUGAGCGUUUGGGUGGGCGAACUGGGCUUUAAGAGGUCUUUUGGGGGUUUAUGAUGAGAAUACUCGGAUAUUUGAGAAAUUUCACAAAAACACCAGGUUUUGAAAGAUUAAUAAAAGAACCCUCAGAUCAACCUCAGAAGGGGCUCUGCUCCAGUAUGGGUUUACUUAACUCUUUCAUCUGGUUGACCAACCUUGUAUUCGAAAUUAAGAGUUUGAAGUACUACCUUCAUAUUAUAACAAUUCUAAAUUACCAAAAUUUGAAAGUUUCUUCUUUCAUGUAAAGAUCCCAGAUUUGAAGCUCAUAACUGUAAGGCUUGAUCAUGAACUGAUUGACAGAGAAGAUAACAAAGAGAUCAAGGAGAAGCCUCUAUUUCGGUAUUGAUCGAGGUGAGAAAAUUUGCAAAAGUUAUGAAAUAGUCUAUACAAAUUAGAGGAGAAAGCUGAUUAUUUCAUCAAAAGCUUCCUAAAACACCUGGGAAAUUUAGUAUGCUAACAAUUUUUUUUAAUCUCUUCAGUUAGGCUUUUCAUCAAUUAUAAUGUGAGGGACUUAAUAAACUACUAGUAACACAUAUUUGGUCAACUAAUUUUUAGCAAUAUCUAACAAAUUUCUGAAACUCCCAAAUCAACUCCUAAAGAGGUCCAUUCUAAUUAAAAUUUAUUUGGAGUUAUUUGAAGGAAAUUAUACGAUUUUGAGAGCAAUUAUAGCUUGGAUACUUAAGAAAUCUUCACUAAUUUAUUAAGAAACAGCAAACAUUGUUUGCAAUUGUUACCGAUUCUUCUUAGUUAAGUUGCACCAUGAGCUUUAUUUAAGGGAAAAUUGAGGAGAGAGUUUAGAGUAUAUAGAGGAAAAUUAUCUUGCAAUAUCAAUAAGCCAUUAAUAAUUUCAAAUAUAGUUGAAAGGUACUCCGUUUUAUUCUGAAAACUUCGAACACUUUCAUGAAUCCCCUGCCAAGCUUAUGCUCAAAUUGGUUUGUGAGACUUCUAACAACUGGGUGAUCAAUAACUUUAGAGAAAUAAUAGAGCUGUAAACUCAUAAAGAAUCAGUUAGAAGCCUUUUGGAUGAGUUUAAAUCUCUCCCCAAUAGUACAUUAAACAUAACCUCCUGUUGGUGACAAACUAGUUGACAAAUAACUCUUAUCUAAUUGAAACAACUAAGAAAUAUCAACUAAAAACAAUCGAGUCCUUGCCAUUCCGACCAUUAGACUUAAACUGGUAUAGUAACGAAUGCUUCUUGUGCGAAACUUUCGAAAAUGAAUCAGGGAUGAAAUAUACUAUAUAAAGCUACUAAUUCAUAAUAAUUAAUAAAGAUGUUUCAUAAUUUACAAAUCAACUCAUUGAGUUUCGAAAAUAUGUCUGCGGUAAGCCUUAAGUUCUGAAAUGUAUCUAAACUUGUUUGGAUAUAGAUUCAAUACGACCCUGUCAAUUACACUCUUCAAGAAAUCAUGGCACAAUAUUGAUGGGAGUGUCAUAUUCCUGCUACCAUGCCUCUUAACACAAUAUCUUCAUGAAGCUUGGCUGAUAGAAAACCUUCGUUAACAAGCUCUAGCUUGUUUGGUGAAACACAGAAAAGUGUUUCUGUUGAGCAUCAAAGUAUGAGAUCCAGCAAGAGACCUCUACCAGAUAUCUCAUCAACCUUGUCAUCCAUUCUUGAAAUGACUGAGUCCCCAAAGGGAAUCUUCUUCAAAGCCUCACCUAAGAGUUCUAGAGGCCUCCACAACGGAACCUCUACUCGCCGCUCUCGUUUUGUCGGGGUCCUCGGCAACGGCAAGCGCUGGCAAGUCCUCAUCAAUGUGUCAGGCAAGAAGAGAUACAUUGGAACCUACUCAAGUGAGCGCGAAGCUGCUCUUGUGCACGAUUGCUACUCAAUCGGCCUGAACGGACUGAGAGCCAAAACCAACUUUGACUACGACUCUGCAGCUCUGAAAGAAAUGAUCGGGAACUACUUCACAAACGACUGCUGUUUCAAAGCAGCAGAGUUCAUGAACAGAGUGUAAAGGAAGUGUACAGCCAAAAGAAGUAGCCAUUUAUCCAUUGUUUUAAACCAGAUGAAAUCAUUUU